AUGAUUUGUAUAUUUACGUUACUACUCGUAAUUUUACAAUGUUGUAAAGCAAUUGAUUCUAACGAAUAUGACUUUAUUAUCGUUGGUUCUGGUGCCGCCGGUUCAGUUAUGGCUAAUAGAUUAUCUAAGGAUCCUUCUAACAGGGUUCUUCUACUGGAAGCUGGUGAAAGACCUAACUUAGCGAGUCAGAUUUAUGCACUAUCUUUAGGUGAAAGCAAUGCAAGACAUGAUUGGAAUUUCACGUCCAUACCACUUAAAAGAAUUGGGCAGGGAUUACGAGAAAGGCGGCUCUCGGUAGCAGCAGGAAGGGUUCUGGGCGGUUCAGCUUCGUUAAAUGCCGGUGUUUAUUUUCGAGGAAACAGACAUGACUUUAAUAAUUGGGCUCGAAAUGGAGCGAUCGGUUGGGACUGGCAAAAUGUUUAUCCUUAUUUCUUAAAAAUGGAAGACAAUCGAGAUAUUGGGAUUGUUGCAAACGGGUACCAUGGUGUUGGUGGAGAAUUAGUUAUUCAGUUUCCUCCCUUUCAUACCGCAUUGACAAAUGCAUAUAAUGAAGCAGCGGAAAGUAUUGGUUAUCCGUAUGGAGAUUACAAUGCACAGCAUCAAACUGUUUUUAUGCAGCCUCAAGGUGCAAUCAAUCGUGGAAUAAGAUGGAGUGCAGUUCGAGGUUUUAUCGAUCCAAUCAUAGGAAGGAGGAAUUUUCGAUUGAUUACGUCUGCAUUUGUAACUAAGAUAUUAAUUGACGAAGAUAAUAGAGCUUAUGGUGUUUUAUUCGAUCACAAUGGAAAGACUCUCACGGUAUUUGCAAGGAAGGAAGUGAUAAUAUGUGCCGGGACUUUCAAUUCUCCCAAAUUGCUUAUGUUGUCAGGAAUUGGGCCGAAAAAUGUUUUACAUAGUUUACAUAUACCUGUGAAAGUGGAUCUUCCUGUAGGGAAUAAUCUACAUGAUCAUACUUCGACUACAGUAAUGCAAUUUCUUGUUGAUUCUUAUACGUUUUCGAAACAUCGAUUUACUAAAGAAGAUUACCAAGAACUUCUAAUUAAUGGAACAGGUCCACUGACUACACUCGGAGCAGUAGAAUCGAACGGAGCCGUUAACACCAAGUAUAACGAAAAUAGAGAUUGGCCUGAUGUAAUUUUAUUUUGGCUAACUUCUAGACUUGAAAAUGCACUUUCAAAUGCAAAUGAUGAAGAUGUCAUUUCAUGCUUACCUUAUGUCGUUCGGCCUAAAAGUCGAGGAGUGUUAACGUUGAAAUCCAAAGAUCCUCAUGAGAAACCUCUAAUUGAUUUCAAUAUCUUAUCUCAUCCUUAUGAUUUGAAAGCUCUUGUAGAAGGUUCAAAACAUUGUUUGUUAAUGGCAUCUACAAAACCUAUGAGGAAGUUUAAUGUCAGACCCCUUCCGUUUAUUAUGCCAGGAUGUGAACAUUUCAAACCAUUCAGCGAUGAAUAUCUGGCUUGUAUCGUUUCCGUUUUGCCUUUCUCAGGAUAUCAUUUUGUUGGAACCUGCAAAAUGGGUCAUCCAGAUGAUCCUUCUUCAGUAGUAGAUCCAAGUCUCAAAGUUAAAGGCAUCCAUGGACUAAGAGUUGUCGACGCAUCGAUUAUUCCUUCAUCAAUUGGGGCCGCUACAAUGGCUCCUACUAUGAUGAUAGCAGAGAAAGCAGCAGAUAUGAUACUUCAUAAUUUAUAAAAUUAUAUAUAUCAAUUUUUAUAUGUUAUUACAAGUUUAAUAUAAUAUAAAAUAGUU